AUGGCUCGCUGCGGACGGCCGUCUGUCGUUGGCGUCGUCGCACUCAUCGCUGCGAUCAGCCUCCUCGCGACCCACGCCAGCGCAGAGAUGUGUGGCAGUAAGGAUUGCGGGCCAAGCGCCCACUGCCAUGUGGGCGAGGAUGGCAGCCGCGAGUGCCGGUGCCAUUUCGAUGGUUAUGCCUUCAAUGAGACGGACAAGUCGUGCACUGACCCGUGCGAGGCAGUGCAGUGUGCAGCGGGGACGCAGUGCGUGUCAAGGAGUGGCACGGGGGAGUGCGAGUGCGAGCAGGGGUACAUCAUGCAGAACGGCACCUGCACGGAUGGCUUGCUGCAGACGAGGGUGGUGCUGGAGGGCCGCGACGACUUGGCUCUGCUCACCUUUGAGAGCCCGGUGCCCAUGGCGCAAGCCACUGGCGCCAUCGCCUGCACCAACGUCAGCGACCUGGGCGGCAAAAGCACGAGGAUCAGCGUGGAGUGGGUGUCGAUCGAAGUGUACACGGCGGGCGACGGCAUGUGCAAGAGCAUCUCGUUCCAUUCCGACCCGCUCUGUGCCGACAAGCCGGGUCUGACCAUGGCCCGCCCGGCUGUGACCAAGAUCGGCGGCUUCUUCCCCAUCACGGAUCGGACUGUGAAAGCAGCCCCGCCGCAAUCAAUCAGCUGCGAAAUCACCACGUGUCACAAGGAAUGCGGCAGUGCACAGUGCGUGGUGAGGGACGGCGUGUCUCAGUGCAAGUGCCCCUGGAGCCAAGUGUUUGACGAGGCGCAGAAGCGCUGCAGCAGCAAGUCGCCCGGCACUGACCCGAACCCUAGCGGAGGCGCGGACCCGUGUGAGGCAGUGAAGUGUGCGAGGAACUCGCAGUGCGUGGGGGGGAACGGGCAGCCCACGUGCGAGUGUGACGCCGGCUACACCAAGGCCAACAAGGGCCUCUGCACUGCCAUGUGCAAGCCGGGCUGCCCUGCCAAUGGCCAGUGCGUGGUGGUGGGAGGGAAGCCCCUGUGUCGCUGCAAGGCGGGUUUCCGAAUGUACGAGAACGAAUGCAUACCGGUGUGCAAGCCCCUCUGCGGUGGCAAUGCCCAGUGCGUGGCGGUGAAAGGCAAGCCGGCGUGUGAAUGCAUCAUGGGGUUCAAGAUGACCAACAACAAGUGCAAGCCUGUGUGCAAGCCUAGCUGCACCGCCAAUGCCCAGUGCAUGGCGGUGAAGGGAACGCCGAUGUGUCAGUGCAACACGGGGUUCAGGAUGGUCAGCAACAAGUGUAUACCGGUGUGCAAGCCUGGCUGCGGUGUCAAUGCCCAGUGCAUGGCGGUCAAAGGAAAACCGAUGUGUCAGUGCAACACGGGGUUCCAGCUGGUCAACAACAAGUGCACACGUACCGCCG